GCUGAACUUCUGUGUGUGAGUCUCAGUGCAGUGAAUUAGGCAGCAUGAUGAAGGGUGUGUGUGGAAUAAUCGUCAUCCUCCUUUUCUCCACUGCUGUGUGGGCAAAAAAGAUGCGCUGGUGUAUAGUGUCAGAGCCAGAGCGAAGGAAAUGUGCAGACCUGGCUAAAGCACUAGGAGCUGCUUUUCCUCCUGCAGCCACAUUGUACAGCCAACUGUCAUGUGUGAGAGCCUUCAGCACUGCUGACUGCCUCAGUAAGAUACGGGACAAUAAAGCUGACCUUGUGACUCUGGAUGCUGGAGAGGUCUAUUCUGCAGUGAAGCAGUUUGGUCUUGCAGCAGUCGCCAAAGAGAUCUACAGUGAUGGCACCUGUAUCCUGGCAGUGGCAGUAGUGAGAAACACAAGCUCGAUAGACAUCCGUUCUCUUAAGGGAACUACGAGCUGUCACAGUGGAGCUCGCUGGACUUCAGGCUGGAAUUUGCCUUUAGGGCAGCUGCUUUCCCACAACCUCCUGCCCUGGGCUGAAGGACAGCCCCUCAGUCAGGCUGUCAGUGCCUUCUUCAAUGCCAGCUGUGUGCCUGGAGCUGGUACCAUGACAUUCAGCAGCCUGUGUUCCAGGUGCCAGGGUCAGAGGUCAUAUGUUCCACAGAGGAACUUUUACUGCGAGACAUCUCAUAAUGAACCAUUCUACCAUAACCAAGGGGCGCUCAGAUGCCUGAAGUCUGGAGCAGGAGAUGUGGCCUUUGUGGAUCAUACAGCCCUGGACAGCAUAGAUGACAGUGUGAAGGAUGAAUACAGGUUACUGUGCACAGAUGGCACUCGAGUUCCACUGAGCAGUUUCAGAAAGUGCAAUUUCGGCCGUGGCCCUGGUGGAGCUGUAGUUACACGUAUAAACAACCAAAACCUUGCUCGCAAGUUCCUGUCAGCGAUUCAGACAGCGUUUGGCCGGAAGAGAAGAGAGACUCAUCGUUUCCAGCUUUUUGAUUCAUCAAUUUACGGUGUGGGUGAUUUGCUGUUCAGAGACGUCACUGAUAAACUGUCCAUACUGCAACAAGGUAUAGAUAUCAGUCAGGUUCUGGGACUGGACUACGUUGCUUUGCUCAAGGGGUUAAGACAUGAAGGUAGCUCUCUGGAGGACAGUGUGGUGAGAUGGUGCUGUAUAAGUCAUGCUGAACAGGAGAAAUGCGAGCAGUGGGCUCUUAGCAUAAAGUCAGAUCCUCUUGUAUGUGUGAGCGCUUCGUCAAUGAGUGACUGCAUCGAGAAGAUCAAGAGGGAUAAAGUGGAUGCUGUGUCCUUGGAUGCUACACAUGCUUUUAUAGCAGGGAAAUGUGGCCUUGUACCUGUAGUGACUGAGUAUUAUGGCACAAAGUGUGAAUUCACCGGAGGAGAACCUUUAGAGGCUAAAGACUUAUCAUCAGUGUAUGGUGUGGCCGUGACACGGCGCUCCAGUAAAAGUGUGUAUGUUGGGAAUCUCAGUGGACGACGUUCCUGCCAUGGUCUCAUGUACAGUCCCGCUGGCUGGGUUCUGCCUGUCCAACACUCUCUGAGUUCAGCACUUAACAGCAGCGUCCCCUGUGAGCCAAACAAAGCGUACUCUAAGGUGUUUUGGAAGGGCUGUAUGCCAGGUGCUGAAGGCAGUCUGUGUAAGGUGUGUGUAGGUGGGACAGAAGAGGCUUCCACAAAACGAUGCUCCAACAACCACAAUGAGCGCUACUAUGGAAAUAUGGGAGCUCUGAGGUGUCUGGUUGGCGAUCCCAGUGGGAAAAGCUACGGAGAUGUGGCAUUUAUGGAGCAUCACAACCUAGAAAGCAACAUUGAAUAUCUAAACAGUAGUGGCUGGGCCAAAGGCUGGGUUUCCAGGGAUUUUGAGUUGUUGUGUGCGGAUGGACAGCGGGCUUCACUGACAGAAUGGAAGAACUGUAAUCUGGGAGCCAUCCCGCCCAACAUUGUUAUGACACGACCUGUACUGGCUGCUCGUAUCUACGACUUCCUCAUGAAGUCACAGGAGACACGUCCAGAUUCUGAGUUCCGUCUGUUUGAGUCUCAGCAGUAUGGUGAAAGUGAUCUGCUCUUUAAAGAUGCCACACAGUGUCUGGUCCACACUAGCCACAUGGACUAUCGCACCAUACUAGGAGAGGAUUACUUUUCACAAGUGGAAAGCAUCUUUAACUGCACACAUUCAGACAUUCUGCAGUUUUGUAACCACGAUGUGUGCAGCAUAUUCUGAACAACCUGACGACAUCAUAUGGCAUCGGGGGUGUUUCUUUUUAUAAUCUCUACAACUCAAAAUAUUACUCAAAAAAUCUUCUCUUUACUGCUGGUGCAUAUUAUGUAAGCAAUAAAACACUUCAAGGCAUGCUGUUAUAGGAAACAAAUCAGCGCUGGGGUGGUGUGAUGCAGCCAGACACAAAGCCAGAGGGCUAUGUUCCAGUAACUGCACAUCCUGAAGUGUUUCAUUCCUCACAUUUUUUAAUCUUUGCACUGUUUAUUUAUCGUAUAGUAUCGUAUGGCAAAUUUUCAACUAUUGCAAAAUUUUAUUUAUUAAUUAACAAUACGAUGGUAUUUUUAACCAUUUAUAGUUAAUAAUGUGGAACAAUAAGACAACCCUAUUGAAAAAAAAAACAAUAGAAACUAUCACAGAAAUUCUAAUGGUUUUCAUUACAAAUACCAUUACAAACCAUCAGCUGUUAACCAUUCAAUUAUUACCAAAUGGUUGUCGUUAUGUAGUAGGGCGUAUUAAGGAUGUAGGUCUUCCACUAGACAUAACAUGCCACCAAUAGAAGCCAACAAAUUACCAGAGGUCCACAGGGACCAUUUUCCAUUAAAAUCAAUACAAUUCCAAUUAUAACCAUUAAAACAAUUACAAAUUCUAUGAGGGUUUCUAUUUUUUUUUCAAUAUGGAAGUUAGUUCCUGUUAUCAGUUAUGCUAUAGUACAAGGGUGUCCAAUCUUGGACAAUGUGAUUGGCCAAGGUGAUUGCAAGUUUUAAUUCCAAUCAAGCAGGAGCCACACCUAAUUCCACCUACACCUACACCGGCCCUUUCCAGAUAAGAUUGGACACCCCUGGUUUAAACAAUCAUUCUAACAGGACACACCUGGGUAACAAGAAACAUCUGUUACAUGUUCCAAUAUUUUUGCUCACCUAAAGAGUGGGUGGCCUGAUACAAAAUGUGCUAUCUACGUAUAAAUACUAGGAAAUAAAUGCUGAAAUUUUAAACUCGCUUCUCAUUUUCAUCUUUUGAAAUCAAACCCAAAUGUGUUCAGUCAACGGCAAAACCAAAUGAAUUGGCCUUGCUGUUCAAAUGUGUAUGUACAGUUGAGGUCAUAAGUUUAUGUAUACCUUGCAGAAUCGGUAAAAUGUUAAUAAUUUUUAAAAGCAAUAAUAAUACUAGAUAUGUAAUGUUCGUCACAACAAAGUUUGAUGUUGGCUUGAGAAAGCCAGCCAUCAGCUAGACAGUGUUCCAAUACUUUUGGAGCUAGGCGGCAUCUCGGUACUUUUGGAGCUAGGUGGCAUCCCAAUGCUUCUGGAGAUAGUUGAUGUUCCAAUACUUUUUAUGCUCAGG